GUUACGCACAGGGUCACGUGACAAAACAAGGAAGCGCCGAUCCGGUAAACAUAGCAGGACGCAGACAGUACAGCGUUUUAGACAAUAGUCCCAUAAUUUAUCAUGUCUGCAACGAACCAAAUACCAUGACACUGCGUGGAAACGUUUCUGUUCGUGUUCCCGCUGUUUUAUUGUGUUUGUUUUCCGGAGUUUUGUCGGGGUUUUCCUCACGAGCCGAACGGGAACAAACUCUGUGUCUGAACGGUAAAUGGAGUCUUUCAAACGCUAACGGUUCUCUGUCGCUGCCUGCAGAGGUGCCAGGUUGUGUUCACUCAGCUCUCCAGCAACAGGGAUACAUCCGGGAUCCGUAUUUCAGGUUCAAUGAUGUGUCUUAUCGUUGGAUUGUCUUUGACAACUGGACGUACACGACCACAUUUCUGGGCUCCCCCCAUCUGAGGGCCAGACAGAAGGUGCAGCUCGUGUUUGACGGUGUCGACACUGUAGCUUCCAUCCAGCUCAAUGGAUUCGAUGUCGGGAAGACGGACAACAUGUUUCGUAGAUAUGUCUUCCCAGUCAGAAACGUGCUGAAGGACGGGGAGAACGUGCUGAAAGUCAGCCUGUCCUCUCCGGUUCUUUACGCGUCUGAGCGGAGGAAGGCUCACCCUGCCUACCGAGUCCCUCCUGAAUGUCCUCCAGAUGUCCAGAAGGGGGAGUGUCAUGUCAAUUUCAUCAGAAAAGAGCAAAGCUCUUUCAGUUGGGACUGGGGGCCUUCGUUUCCCACGAUGGGACUGUGGAAGGCAGUCCGACUGGAGGCGUUUGAUGUCCUGCAGCUCGUUCACGUUUCCUAUGUUCCUCUAUUCAAUUUCAGUACCUCUCAGUGGAGAGUCCAGGUUGAGCUUCUUCUUGAUGUCGUUCAGACAACAAAUGGCCAAAUCACGCUCUCCAUACCUGAGCUGGACUCAGAGCAAACCUUCCAGGCUCAGUUUCUUCCAGGAAAGGCCAAGAACAGCUUCACCUUACACAUCAACACGAAUAAAAGAGUGAAGCUGUGGUGGCCCAACGGACACGGUGACCAACCUUUUUACCAUCUCACUGUCAGAGGAUUUCAGGACGGGUUUUUAAUCCUGAAUGCAGAAUCUAAGGUGUAUUUUCGCACAGCAGAACUUGUCCAGGAGCCAAUUUCUGGGUCUUUAGGACUGAGCUUUUAUUUCCGCAUCAAUGGGAAACCAGUUUUCCUCAAAGGCUCCAACUGGAUCCCAGCCCACUCCUUCCAGGACCAGGUCACCCCUGCUGUCUUAAGGAACUUGUUGCAGUCGGUGGUGGAUGUGAACAUGAACGUCCUCAGAGUCUGGGGAGGAGGAGUGUAUGAACAGGAUCUCUUCUACAGCAUCUGUGAUGAGAUGGGGAUCAUGGUUUGGCAGGACUUCAUGUUUGCCUGUGCUAUGUAUCCCACCGAGGACGACUUCAUACAGACGGUCAGAGAGGAGGUCAUCCAACAGGUUCAGCGUCUUAAGUCUCAUCCUUCCAUAAUAAUCUGGAGUGGAAACAACGAAAAUGAAGCUGCUCUGGCGACCGACUGGUUCAACAUCCCAGAUUCCCAGAGGCCGACAUACCUGAGAGACUACGUGAAGCUGUAUGUGAGCAACAUCAGGGCAAUAGUGCAAGAGGAGGACCAGAGUCGGCCUUUCCUCGUCUCCAGCCCGACGAAUGGGGCUGAGUCAGAGCAGGAGGGCUGGGUGGCGGCGAACCCUUACGACCCCCUCUACGGGGACACGCAUUUCUACAGCUACACGCCGGACUGCUGGGAUUGGCGGAAUUUCCCCCGAGCGCGUUUCGUCUCCGAGUUCGGCUUCCAGUCCUGGCCUUCCUUUUCCACUCUGCAGCCGGUUUCCAUAAAAGAAGACUGGAGCUACGACAGUCAGUUCGCUUCCCAUCGUCAGCACCACGAGAACGGGAACCAGCAGAUGUUACUGCAGGCUGCUUGGCACUUCAACCUGCCAAACUCCACUGAUCCCCUGAAGAGAUUUACAGAUACAGUCUACAUUACUCAGGUCAUGCAGGCUCAGUGCGUGAAGGCUCAGACCGAGUUUUACCGCCGAAGUCAGAGUGAGAUCUUUGAGGGCAAAGGUCGCACUAUGGGCGCUCUCUACUGGCAGCUCAAUGCUAUCUGGCAGGCGCCUUCCUGGUCAUCGAUCGAGUUUGGCGGGAAGUGGAAAAUGCUGCAUUAUUUCGCACAGGACUUCUUUGCCGCCGUCCUGCCUGUCGGCUUCGAGGAUGACGACACGCUCUUCAUCUACGCCGUCUCAGACCUGAGCCAGGACCUGAAGCUCAGGGCAGUGGUGACCGUGUACUCGUGGACUGAUCUGGAUCCAGUGUGUACACUGAAGUCAGACCUGCUCCUGGUCCCCGGGGGCAGCGCCGCAGCCAUUUUUAAACAGUCAGUCUCCGGCCUGCUGGCGGGAUGUGGACGCUGCACCCGCCUCACCUGCAUUCUCACGUUUCACCUGGAGGACAGCAGCAGCAGCCAGCAGGGCCCCACCAACCACCACUUCCCCUGCUCGCCCAAAGACGCUCAGGGACUCCGGACAGCCAACAUCACAGCCAAAGUGCAGGAGGAUAAGACGGGAUACGCCAUCACCCUCCGCUCUGCUUCCGUGGCUCCUUUCGUGUGGCUCGAUGUGGGCAACAUCCCUGGACGCUUCAGCUCCAACGGCUUCCUGAUGGUCUCAAGAAACAGGACGGUCAGUUUUAACGCGUGGCGACCCACCAGCGUUGCAGAGCUCUCCACAUCCCUCACCAUCACUUCUUUAGUGGACGUAUACUGACCUGAGACCAGCCGGCCAGGAGAGGCAAUAGACUCUGCCUCCAUGACACUGACACUGUGGCUUUGGUUUGAUUUGAGUCACGUUGUUUGGACCGAAGCUGAUGAAGCUCAAUGUUUGAACUUGUUUUCUUGCCAAACAGUCACAGCAGAAAAGUCGUGGAGGAGGACCCGCUUCCUGUGUAGAUAGAAAAAAGACCCGAUUUAAGGCAAAAACACGACAGAACACAACACUCCUUAGCUUCAGGAGAUUGUACACAAAUUACGAAUAUUAUAUGCAAUUUCUGCCAAGAAAUCCAUCCAAACCCUACACACUGAAUCUCUGCGUAAUAAAUAAAAAAACAUCAAGGUGGUUUUUA